AUGGGCUCUGUCCAUGCGCUCUCAUCUCCUGUUUCAUCAACCCCUCUCAUAGUCCCCACGGAUGCAAACUUCGAUGUAAAACUAUCUUCUUUUUUCCGGCACUAUAAUCAGUUACCAUCGCCAGACGAAGUCCGCUCGCAAGCACGUGCCCAGAGAGAAGUCUCUACUGAUUUUAAUGCACGUCCCUCACCUGUGUUUGAGUCUAUGGGUCUGUUUGUCAAGUGGGGAGCCGAUAUAAGAAUCGCCGAGGGCGAAGUCUUCCUCUAUAUGGAGGCAAUACGCGGCAAGACUUUAGAACAAUCUUGGCCAGAGAUGGAAGUGAAUGACCGCUUGCGUAUUUGCCGCGAGCUUCGGACAAUCUUCGAUUCUCUACGCCAGCUCAAGCAAGACCCUACCGACACUUUUAUUGGUGAGGCCAUCAACCCUAGCUAUAGGGCGGAAGCCGGGCCAUUCACGUCCGUCAAAGCAUUUCACGAUUGGUUCACCUUCCUGUACAAGCGACCGAUGCCAGACCCUCACACUGUGCCCCCGGAGCCCUUCCGCCAAGAUCUUCCUGAUGAUAGCAAAAUUGUGUUCACACAUGGCGACCUUCAUCGGAGCAAUGUUAUUCUAUCACUAUCUAAACCGGCUCGAGUUGUUGCAGUUAUAGAUUGGGAGCAAGCAGGCUGGUUACCGGCAUACUGGGAAGAUUGCAAGGCUCGCUUCACUUGCAGCUAUUAUGGCGAAUGGCCUGAGAAAUACCUACCAAUCAUUUUACAUCAAUACGAGAGCACUUGGGAUCCCUGGAACUACUACACGUCAUCUAUGGGCGUCUGA